AUGAAGAAUACACAAUCGCAGGUGUUGUUCGUGGUGGUUGCAUUUGCCACGGGUAUGAUAUGCCAGUACACAUAUAUGGUGCAGAACUGGCAAAUGAUGAGAGCUGAAGGAGGUGAUCAUUUCUCAAGUGAGAGAAUAUUUUUUGAGAAUUUACCACGCGAGACAUUAUGGAACUUCCCUCGAUAUCCUCUGAGAUCUUGUGAUACAAAUAUGACUUACACAGAUUUCAGUGGUAGGUUAACAGUCAAUGAGUCCGCCCGUGUAAAUGCAUGCAUUGCAACUUAUGAAAUGGAAUUCCAGAAAGGACUACAACAAGAGCUGGAACAGAGGUCUAUCCGAUGGUCAAGUCAUUCCUACUUAAACAAAGACAGUUUUGUGGUUGAGGCAGGAGGACACAACGGAAUCGACUCGGAGGAAUUCAACUCACGAUAUCAUCCUGCCACCUACGUUGUUUUAGAACCGGUUGCAACUUUCUAUGAAGUAUUAAAAAAGAAAUUUAAAUCCUAUCCUAACAUGUUGAUUUACAAUUUUGGAAUUGAUGCUGUCGACGGUACUUUUUUCGUUGAUGAAAAGAAUGAUGGGUCAUCAAUAUUUUUUAAUGAACAAAAUGCUACAAGUGUCAAACAGGCAGCAAAAAUUGUGAACGUUAAGAGAUUUUUUGAGAAACUCUCGGUGCGAAGUCGCGACGUGGACCUAAUCACAAUGAACUGUGAGGGAUGUGAGUACGCAGUACUGGACCUUCUUCUCUCUACAGACCUUAUAUAUCACUUCCGAAACAUCCAGUUCCAACCCCAUAGAAUUCCGAGAAUCUGCUUCCCCGUCAAACGGUACUGUUGGUACCAAGAGCUUUUACGGAAAACACAUAAACUUUCAUUCCAGUUCAAAUUUGUAUGGGAGAGUUGGACCCUAUCAUAA